ACGAUAUGGGACCUUUAAAACAAAUAUUUGUACUUGUAACACAAAACUUCAAACUGAUUCCUUUUUUUUUUUUAUCUCUCUACUGGUUUACCCAGAAAAACUACCUGUUUUUUUUUUUUUGGAAGUGCCAGCUAUGGGGCAGCAGAAAUGAGGACAUUCCUGUUAGACAACCUGGGUGGAAUUUGAAUAGUACAGAGGAACCGCCUGACGCUGAUUGGUCGAGAGCGACAUAUUUCCAGCUCGCCAGUCUGUCACUCAACAGAUCCCAGGCUGCUGAUUGGCUGAUCCCUGCAGAGGGGGCGGGGCUUAUGUCUGGGACUAUAUAUUUACUCUGGUUUCAGGCCAUCUGCGAAUGAUUGCUGGCUCACAGAGAGAGAGAGAGAGAGAGAGAGGCGGGUCAUUGUGUCCGAUGUUCCUCCACAGAGCUCACUUGAAGCUUGAAACGAUUCCCAUUGAGAAAGAGUAAUAGUCAGGUUUUCCUCUCCUGGGCAGUCCUGGAGAGGAAUCUGGAGCUGGUGGUGGACACAUCAUCAUAAUAAUAAUAAUGAUCAACACCAUGGACUGUGCAGCAGCAGCAGCAGUGGACGCGCAAAGCCUCAUCUCCAUUUCCCUGCUGAAGAUCCACAACUCCAGGACGCAGAGAGGAGGCAUCAAGCUGCACAAAAACCUGCUCGUCUCCUAUGUGCUGAGGAACGCCAGGCAGGUCUACAUCAAGGAGAAAUACGCGGAGAUCUACAGGAUGCAGCAGUACGAGGAGGUGAUGACUGUGUGCAACGAGAUCCAGGAGCUCAACCCGCUGGAUGUGGACGCAGAGGACGCAGAGGAUGAGGAGCAAGCUUGCAGAGAAGAGGAGGAGAGUUUGUGCGCCUCUGCGUGCCAUGGAGGAGGCGCAGCGCUGCAGCCAGUUGCGCACGCCCGGAUUUCGAACGCUCUUUUCGGCUGCGCUUCUCUGGAGGACCGCUGCAAAGAACCGGAUCCCUCCUACUAUAGGAGCUGCUGCAUGGAGGCUUCUUCAACUCCAGAGUCACAUUCUGACCAAUUUCCUGCAAACAACAGCAGCAGCAGCGUGCAUUGCAACAAAACCACAGUGCUGGAUUUGGACACGCAUGUGGUGACCACUGUGGAGAACCGGUACCUCCACCAGGACUGCUGCUGCUGCGGCUGUGACGCGCUCCAGUGCGCCGGCCAGAGCGCGCAGUCCUCGGCCAAGAAACGCAAGGUGGAGUCUGGCUGUUGUGUGGAGGAAGUGUCGGAUUUUGCAGCAGCUCGCAAACGAGCAAAACGUGAAGACUGUUCCUACUACUCCAGCUUAGACUACACAGACACUUCCAACAUCUCCAACCUGAUUUCCAUCUUUGGCUCUGGGUUUUCUGGGCUGCUGAGCAGACAGGCAGACUUGGAGCAGAUCUGUAGCAAACAGGUCCUGGCCAGUCUGGGUGCAUGGACCAGAGCCAUUGUGGCAUUUUGAAAUAUAAACCUUUUAUUUUAUAUAGGAGAGACCAGGGUUUCAGUUGUGUAAUGGAAAUUCUGUCAAUAUUCCAAGAUGAGUCCUAAUGAACGUUGAAAUAAGAUCUCAAACAAGAUGAAAUGUCUUUGUUGUAUUUUAUUCUUGCAAGAAGAGGCACUGGUUAUACAGAG